AUUUAGCGGCUUCUGGCUCCGCGAGGGCCCUCUGGGGCUGGCUUUGCAAGCGCUCGCCCGCAGAGGAGCUAUGUACCGACGUAGCUACGUCUUCCAAACCCGCAAGGAGCAGUACGAGCGAGCCGAGGAGGCGCCCCGCCGCCUGCCCAGGGGACAGUCUGUCGCGCCGGAUGUGGCAGCGCUGCAGGGGCUCGGCGAGCGCGUGGCCGCCCACGUCCAGCGGGCCCGCGCGCUCGAGCAGCGCCACGGUGUCCUGAGGCGGCAGCUGGAUGCCUUUCAGCGCCUGGGCGAGCGGGCCGGGCCGGAGGAUGCCCUCGUCCGCCAAGUGGAAGGCAACCGCCAGCGCUCCCGGGACCUGGCGGCUGAGCGCGCCCGGUUGGAGCUCAGGAACGCAGAGGCACAACGCGCGCUUGACGAGUACCGUAGCAAGUAUGAAAAUGAAUGUGAAUGUCAAGUGCUGCUAAAAGAAAUGCUUGAGAGGCUUAACAAGGAAGCUGAUGAAGCCUUACUGCAUAAUCUGCACCUUCAGAUUGAAGCCCAGUUUCUGCAGGACGAUACCAGUGCAGCAAAGGACAGAUACAAAAAGAAUCUUCUGGAAAUUCAGACCUACAUCAGCAUCCUGCAGCAGAUUAUUGACACGACCCCUCAAGCAUCCACCAUUACAGGUGGGAUGAGGGAGGAGAAGCUCCUGACGGAACGAGAGGCAGCUGCCCUUCAGCGUCAGCUGGAGGAAGGCCAGGAGGUACUGUCUUUUCUGCAGGCACAGAGAGCUGAGCUGCAGGCCCAGACAGUGACCCUGGAACAAGCUAUUAAGGAUGCCCACGAGUGUUACGAUGAUGAGAUUCAGCUCUAUAAUGAACAGAUUGAAACCCUGCGGAAGGAGAUUGAAGAGACUGAGAGGAGCCUGGAGAAGUCUUCCUAUGACUGCCGGCAGCUGGUGGUCGCCCAGCAAACCCUGAAGAAUGAGCUGGAGCGGUAUCAUCGGAUCAUUGAGAGCGAAGGCAACAGGCUGAGCUCCACCUUCAUUGAAACACCUGUCAUGCUGUUCACCUCAGGCCACGGAGCCUCUCUCAGCCCUCGACCCAGCAGGAAUGAUUUCACCAGGGUUGUGCAGGAUAUAACAACAGCAAAACCAAGACAAAAAGGCCUCCCCAAGAAUGUUCCAAGGAAACAGGAGAUUAUAGCUAAAGACAAAGCAGAUGAACGUUUGGAAGGUGCACCACUGAAAGGUCCGGCAGACACCAAGCUGACGCGGGUGGCAGCUGAAGAAGAAGGGGAGGAUAGGCAUGAGUCAGGGAGGGAGGAAGCAAGUCCCCCCACCCCAGAAGGGGCUCCACGGGAUGUGCCAGAUGGAGGGCAGGUAAGCAAAGCCUUUGGGAAACUCUGCAAGAUGGUCAAGGAGAGAGUGAGAAGCCCCAAGGAGCCCGAGUCCCCAGCUGACCUCUACACCAAAGGCCGGUACGUGCUGGUCUCUGGGGAUGCCAGUUACCUGGACCCUGGGUUCUGUGCCUUGUCUGCCCCAAUCAGAGGUGGAGUGGUUGUUUCCAUUGAAGACGACUCUCUGCAUUGUGAUGGCACUGUGGAGCCCUCUCCCGGGCAGCCCCAGCCCCCUCUGGAGAAUAGACAGGGGGGUCCACAGGGGCGAGAAGAUGGUCACCCACCCAACCAGCAUACUGCAGACAAGGAAAAUGAGAUAAAUACUGAAGAACUGAAAGGUCCCAGGGAGAAGCAUGAUAACCAGAAGGAGGAUGAAGGGCUCAGGAGGCCCUGUCUUGUGGUAACACCUGGUCCAGAGGGACCAUCUGCACUCUCACCCCAAAGGCCUGGGGCCAGUCAGGGUGGAUCUGAGGGCCAGGGAGAUAGGAGUGGCAGCCUGCAAGAGAGAAGCCCUCCCAGGACUUUGGCAUAUGAGAAGGUGGAAGUAACGGAAUCCAUUGAGAAAUUUUCAACUGAGAGCAUUCAGACAUAUGAAGAAACUGCUGUUAUUGUGGAGACCAUGACUGGAAAGACAAAGGCAAACAAGAAGAAUCUGGGAGACAAUGGCUGUCACAAUGCCUAGGCUCCAAGGGGAAGGCCUCUGGGCCACUGUCGGGAGGUACCUUGAUAUAGAACAAAGGAUACAGAGUGAGGCUUCCUGUUUGGAUUAGAUCAUAGCUGGCCUGUCUGGCAUUGCCAAUGAAACCUAAUUAAAAAGAUUUGUUUUGCUCGCA